UAUAUGAAAACACGCCUCAUAAAGGCUGUUCGGUGCUUGAAAAAAAAAAAGAACAAAAAAGAAGCAUGAAGAUACUUUCUUUAUACGUUUCGCUUUCUUACCUGUUGGGAAAUGUGGCAACCAAAGAAGUGCAGAAACGAAAAGAGUCUUCCGCUCGCAUGUUUAUAGACACGAAGGGAAAUAACGUGCACUUCUUCUGUAUGAAUUCAAAGACAUUGAGUGAUGUGGAUUAUGCCUGGAAUAAUAGCACAAAGAUUACAAUCGUCGAAUCUGAUAUUCCGAAUAUUACUAGCAACACAUUCGCAAGAUUCGGAGGCACUUUGGUGAUUCUGGACCUCCACGAAUCACGAAUACAGUCGAUCGACACUCUAGGUUUUUCCGGAUUGCACAGACUACAGAAUCUGGUCCUUCAGGGCAACAAGUUAACCUGGAUUCAAGCAGACUGGUUCCGCAGUUUGCACAACUUGCGGCUGCUUGAUCUCUCCUUCAACGACAUUCAAGGGAUAGAGUUGGGCACGUUCAAUUUGUUACCUAAUUUGGAGUACGUGUACUUGGAUUACAAUCAAUUGCAGUACUUAGAUCCAAACCUCUUCUCAAGCCUUCCGAAGCUGCAAGGUGUCAAGUUUGGAAAGAAUCCUCUUAAAUGGUGGAUACGUGCACAAAUUUCGCAAAACCUGGAGGACAGGAGAGUCAAUUAUAAGGACGAAUGGGAGGAUUGGACUUGGCUCAAUCAUGUUGCACGUAAAUGCUUUGAGAGUUCCAAAGCUCCUUCAAACGACGAGAUUCUUGACUGUGCCGUUGAAAAAUUACUACAAUUUACCUUCGAAAACUUCCGCACUUCGGUCUCUGGAUCGAAGUUAACUUCUGAUUCCAAUCAGUGCUUUACCGAGGUGUCCAAUUUACUUCGAUGUCCGCAAUCCAGUUCUAACGUCACGAAGAAGACAAGAGCUCGAAAAGCACUCCAGGGAAUCGCCAGCUUUCUGAAGCGCCUGGAGCAGCCGCAAGGAAUUUUUAGCACUAGCAUCUUUUAAUUUUGGAAAAUUCCGUAUUGGUUGUGAACUAAAAGAAAUAGCCGAGUAAAACAAAAUGAUGACGACAAUUGGUGUCAAAACUAAUUUUGAUAUGUAUCAAGCUUUCGAUAGCCGGUGUAUAGUAAAUUUUCCACAGUUUACGGUGCCCAGAU